ACUCAGAUUCUUAGUGAAAAUAGGGCCGCCUCGUGCACUUGCACUCUCCGCUUGAAGAGGUUCCGCCGCCGUCGAAUGGAAAUCAGCAAAUUUUUGGGAGCCCACGAAUGAUGCAGAUCUGGUAAUCAAGUGCACUCCAGAUUGAAAGGUUUAAUCGAAUCAGGUCUCGAUGGCCGAUCGAGGAGAUCAAGAUCAGUGUUGAAAUGGUGGAGAAGGGAGACCGCGACGAUGAUCUACGAUUUUCCGAGAACAAGUACAACCACCGCUUGACGAAUGUCGAGGCAGAAGAGCUGAAAAACGAUGGAGAUGCCGAGACUCUGGACAACGAAGAAUAUACAGAGUUGCCUCAAGUAGGAGGGUCCAUUGGGCAAAAUGAGAGCAGUUGGAAGGAGGGAGACAGACAUUCUGAUGAGGAGGAUGUUGUUAUGUCCGGGGAGGAGAACAAUGAGGGCUAUGUGAGUGGUACUGAUCCAAUUAUAUCAGGUUGUGGUUGGGCUCUCAAGGUGGAAGGUGGAGUGGUCUACUAAUUCCAACAUGGAUGAAUGAUUUCAAGUAUCAUGAUCUUAUUGGUCUACUCAAAUUGUUGAUGGUGAUUAUGCAUGGUUCACUCUCAGCUAGCAUUUCAUAUGAGCAUGAGAGAUGGUUGGAGCUAGAUAGUCGUGCUAAUUGUGUUACUACGAAGUAUGAAUACACUGGCGAAAUUCUUUGACUCAUUGGAUGCCAAACUUCAAUGGAAGUAUGAAUUUUGUGAUUUUGAUGAAGCACUCAAAAAGCAAUGGUUUGCAAUAAAGCUUCAGAUUAUAUGGUCUAUUCCAAAGACGGGUUUCUUAGAGGAAUUUUUGUUAACACUUGUGUUAUUGACAGUUCGUGUGACCAUUAUGUAUGAAAUUCAGGUAUCUGACCUCCUGUUUUGUGAGCUUAGUAGCUUCUGAUUGUAGUUUGCAACAUGUGACAUUUGAUAUGUAUGUGACUGAUGUUUGAAUGUGAAUGGGAUCAUGA